ACCCCCCCCCACACACACACACACACAUACAAUUUUUGGGGGGGGAAUAUGAGUGGCAUGCGCGUGGAUGCCAAGGUGGUGAUGUUGGGCAAGGAGAGCGUAGGCAAGACCAGCCUGGUGGAGAGAUACGUCCAUCACCGCUUCCUGGUCGGACCCUAUCAGAACACUAUCGGCGCCGCUUUUGUGGCCAAACCAAUCCAGGUGGGAGAGAAAGUGAUCACCUUGGGAAUAUGGGACACGGCCGGGUCAGAACGCUACGAAGCCAUGAGCAGAAUCUACUACAGAGGAGCCCGGGCGGCCGUCGUCUGCUACGAUCUGACCGACAGCAGCAGCUUCGAGCGAGCUCGUUUUUGGGUGAAAGAACUGCAAAACUGCGAAGAGCACUGUAAGAUCUACCUGUGCGGCACCAAAAGCGACCUGAUCCAAGGAGACCGAAGUCUUCGUCAGAUCGACUAUCACGACACUCAGGACUUUGCUGAAGAGAUCGGAGCGCAGCAUUUUGAGACCUCCAGUAAAACGGGAAGCAACGUGGACGAGCUGUUCCACAAGGUGGCCGAGGACUACAACAACGCCACUUUCCAGUAUAUGACGGAAGAAAAUGGAGUGAACCUGGGCCAGAAGAAAGAAUCCUACUUCUACUCGUGCUGCAACGGCAACUGAUGCCGCACCGGCGAAUGGAAGAACGCGCCGCAUCUGAACACGGGACGGCGGCGGAAGAGAAGCGAGAAAAAGAAAACGAGAGCAAAUGGACAUUUCUUUUUUUUUUGCGCCAUGAACAAAUCAUUCGGAGGCGUUUGUGCCAAGCGAAGGCUUCAAUUUAGGAACAAACAUUUCAUCCAGGAGGGGGAUCGCCACACCUGGGCUGGGUGAAGACAACUGAGCUGCUGUCACUUUUUUUUUUUUCUUUUGGGUUGGGGCGGGGUCGAUGUUUUAAGACAUAUUUCCACCAAAAAUAGCCAAAAGGAUCAAAAAUUAGAGCACGCUCAAUAAACGACGUCAAUUACUUUUGUUGGCGUGGCGUCACCCCGUGCUAGUCGGCCCACCCCACAAACUGUGCCAGUGGCGAGUACGGAUUUUGUUACCAUGGUGACUCAGACCCGUCCCCCCCCCCCCCCGCCCCAAAAGUGUCAAAUGUGAUACACAAGCCACCCCCCCAAAGAAAAAAGUGGAUUCCAUUUCCUGUGCAUCCAUGCAGGGCUGCUUACCUUUUCACUUUGGUUUAAAGUCCCCCCCCCCCACCCCCCCUUGUCGUGUCCGGACUGCACAUGAAUGGCACCUGCGCAAAAGACCACCGGGCAAGUGAAUCUGUCGCACAAUAUCUUGUACCGCCGGAGGACAUGAUUGGCUCCUUAAUUUGCACGGUCAGAGCCCCCCCACUUCCCCCCCCAAAUGAGAAAGUGAACAUUUUUUCUUUUCGCUCGGGUUUCCUCAAGUGGGCAAUGCGGUCAGCAAA